AUGAAGUUCUCCACCUCGGCAGUUCUCAUCAGCCUCUUCGCUGGCUCCAUGGCCCUCUUCAGCGACAACGAGGGCAUCAAGAACUCACCCCGCCACCUGUUCAACCUUGAUCCCAGGUCGCCCAUCCCUCAGGGUAAUGGGAACAAGGCUGGCGACGCACCACAGGAGUUCAAGGACAACAACGGCCGGACCAUCCCCAACGGCGGCUGCUGCGUCCACGGUGUCAACAUACGCCAAGACAUUUGCACGGUCCGCAGUGAAGCCGGCCGCUGCAUUCCUGCAGCCAGAACCCGCGAGAACUGUGAAGGACUUACCUGCGUCGCCGCCAGUCUGCUGUCGUGUGACCCCAACGUCAAGGAUCGUGGCCGUGACAAGUGCGUUCUGGACGCCGCAAAGGAAAAGGCGCAAAAGGAGGGCAACGGCAACGGCAACGGCAAUGGCAAUGGCAACGGCAACGGCAACGGUAAUGGCAAGGGCAAGGGCAACGGAGCGCGGGCGGCCAAUGUAGGAAAGAACAAGAGCAAGGCUACGUAG